GAGAGAGAGAGAGAGAGAGAGCGGACUUCGGAACAAUUUAAAGACACCAGGAUUUCCCCCCCAUCCCAGCGACUCAAAGCCAGUUCCCACCGCGGCCGGAUUCCCCUCUCAGCACAGAUCCAUUCAUGUUCCCGUGAGUGCAGCGAGCGAAUAUGAAGAGCAGGCUGUGCCUCGCGAUCGCUGCUGCCCUUGCAGCUCUGUUUGCCGCGUCGGUGGACGCUCAAGUGGAGCCUCCCUCACAACUCAAGUUUAAAAUUUUAACCGAAAGUAGUGUCCAAAUGUCAUGGAAGCGCUCGCCCUCCAGAAUCGGAGGCUACAAACUGACAGUAACGCCGGCAGCUGGAGGACCUGCAAAAGAAAGUGUAUUACCCCGAGGUGCAAGUAAGACCACAUUAACAAACCUCAUUCCUGAUGUAGAAUACAGGAUAAUCUUGGUUGCCUUUGAUGGUUCAUCCGAGAGUGUCCCAGUCUAUGGAAAACUCACGAUUCAGUCAGGUCGCACACCAACAAGGCGGCCAGAGAGAGUAGAAGACCAUUACCGGAGAUGUUCAGCUACUGCUGUAGCUGAUUUGGUUUUCCUGGUCGAUGGGUCAUGGAGCGUGGGGAGAGCAAACUUCCGAAGGAUCAGGGAAUUCAUCUACUCCCUUGUAUCUGCAUUUGAGAUCGGAAACGACAAAACGAGAAUUGGAAUAGUACAAUACAGUUCAGACACGAGAACAGAAUUCAACUUGAAUGCGUAUAGCCAGAAGGAGGAUGUACUGAAUGCUAUUACCAAUCUUCCCUACAAAGGGGGAAAUACCAUGACUGGUGACGCUAUUGAUUAUCUGGUGAAGAUCACCUUCCGUGAAGAUGCAGGAGCAAGAAAAUCCUAUCCAAAAAUAGCAAUCAUCAUCACGGAUGGAAAGUCCCAGGAUCCAGUGACAGAAAGUGCUAAAGCCCUUCGCAACAUUGGAGUAGAAGUGUUUACUUUGGGUAUAAAGGGAGCAGACUUGGAAGAAUUGCAACUAAUCGCCUCUGCUCCUCAAAAGAAGCAUGUUUUCAAAGUGGCAGAUUUUGACAAGAUUCAAGAAGUCCAGAAUGAGAUAAUUGGCCAGGUGUGCUCCGGUGUUGAGGAACAACUUGGUGAAAUCGUGAGCGGGGAGGAAGUGGUUGAACCUCCCUCCAACAUGCAAGUCUUGGAGGUUGCGUCAAAUUUCAUGAGGAUCACUUGGGAUUCAUCACCUGGUCAGAUCACCGGCUAUAGAAUUCAACUCAUUCCCAUGGUGGCUGGCCUCAAAGAACAAAACAUCAACGUUGAUGCAGGCACCAGGACAGUGAUCGCCAAAGACCUCACUCCUGACACUGAGUACCAGAUUAAUUUGUAUGCCAUGAGAGGGCUGGCAUCCAGUGAUCCAGUGACACUAAUGGACAAGACAAACCCUGUUGAGGAGACCAUUGAAUGCAUCCUGGAUGAAAAUGCACAAGCUGAUGUUGUCCUGUUAGUCGAUGGCUCCUACAGCAUUGGCUUGAGCAACUUUGCCAAGGUGAGAGAUUUCCUGGAAACCUUAGUUAAGACCUUCCAGGUGGGGCCCAACCGUAUCCAGAUUGGCCUGGUUCAGUACAGCCGGGAAGCGGUAACAGAAUUCACCCUCAAUAAACACUCAACACUCCAGGAUGUGGUCCGAGCUGUUCGCACCUUCCCCUACAGGGGUGGCUCCACUAACACAGGCAGGGCCAUGACCUACGUGAGGGAGAAGGUCUUUGUCCAGGAGAAGGGCGCCAGGACCAACGUGCCGCGGGUGAUGGUGCUGAUCACAGACGGCAAGUCCUCCGACGCCUUCAAGGUCCCCGCCCAGAAGCUGCGAGACACAGGCGUGGAGAUCUUUGCCGUGGGAGUCAAGGAUGCAGUGUUCAACGAGCUGGUGGCUAUCGCCACGCCACCUGAAAAUACCCACGUGUACCAAGUGGACGACUUUGACUCCUUCCAGAGGGUAUCGACAAAGCUCACACAGACGCUGUGUCUCAGGAUCGAGGAGGAAGUGAAAGCCAUCCGAGAGCGGAGCUUUUCUUCGGUCAAGGAUCUGAAGACAUCCGACGUGACCUCUCGUAGUUUCCGGGUGAGCUGGACAGCAGCUAGCCCAGAUGUGCUGUCCUAUCUACUGAGCUACAAGAUGGAAGCAGGUGGUGAUGUCAUGUCCAUCCGGAUUCCUGGAGACCAAACAACCAGGGUCCUGACUGACCUCCUGCCAGAAACCACCUACCUAGUCAAUGUGAUCGCAGAGUACGCUGAAGGUCAAAGUGUUCCUGUGAAAGGAAAGGACACCACCCUUGAAGAAUUUGGGCCACCAAGUAACCUCCAGAUACUUGAUGAAACCACAUACAGUUUCAGGGUCAGCUGGUCACCAGCUCCUGGUAACGUCCUUCAAUAUAGACUGCAGUAUGUGCCGGUUCUCGGUGGGGAGACGAGGGAAACAGCAGUUGAUGGGAGGAUGACACAAGCAACCCUUCAGAAUCUACUCCCAAACACCAGGUACUCCGUGAGGGUUCUGCCUCAAUAUCGAACGCUGAUUGGACAACCAUUGAGUGGAGAAGGCACCACGAAAGAAGAACAUGGUUCACCUCGUAACCUGGUGACAAGAAACAUCACGCCUACCACGAUCGAAGCUUCAUGGUCCCCAGCUCCGGGCAACGUGCAGAGCUACCGCAUCACCUGGAAGUCGCUCUUUGGUGACGAUAGAGGAGAGAAGUUGGUCCUUGCAUCCACUCCAUAUACAACACUGGACAAUCUGCAGCCGGAAACCAGAUACCAAAUCCUUGUCUAUGCUGCGUACAGCGAUGGUGAAGGAGACCCGCUUGAAGGAGAGGAGAUCACUGAAGCUACCCCAGAGGGCAAGAAACUGAACAUAACGGAUGAAACACUCAACACGUUCCGAGUGCAUUGGAAACCUGCUCCAGGCAAGGUGGUAAGCUACCGACUCACGUACCGGCCCGCGGCUGGAGGUAGAUCCAUCAUCACCAAGGUCCCAAGUCAUCUGACCAGCACUGUCCUACGGCGGCUCGACUCCCAGACAACGUACAACAUCUCUGUCAUUCCCUUGUACAGGAAAGGUGAAGGGAAAUUAAGAUCGGGGCAAGGAACAACAGCUUCACGAUAUAAACCUCCCCAAAACUUAAAAACCUCUGAUGCAGCGAAAACAAGUUUCAGAGUGACGUGGGAGCCUUCCCCUGGGGAGGUAAAAGGUUAUAAAGUCAUCUACCAUCCAACGGGAAGCGAAGAACAAUUGGGAGAACUGGUAGUAGGACCAUACGACACUACUGUUGUCCUAGAAGAACUAAGGGCUGGUACCACCUACAAAGUGGCGGUGUCCGGAAUGUUUGAAGAUGGUGAAAGUUUGCCAUUAUUGGGGGAGGAACAAACAACAACUGUUGACGCUAGUUCAGAGUUGCCUUUGGGACCUCCAGGGCUGCAGUGUACCACAACAGCAGCUGCGGAUAUCGUGCUGCUGGUGGAUGGCUCCUGGAGUAUCGGGCGACUAAACUUCCGUCAGAUCAGAAGCUUCAUCUCCAAGUUGGUCCAAGUGUUUGAGAUUGGUCCAAGAAGAGUACAGUUUGGUCUGGCACAGUACAGUGGAGAUCCAAGGACCGAGUGGAACCUCAAUCAAUACAAGGACAAGAAGAGCUUACUGGAUGCUGUGUCUGCCUUACCUUACAAGGGUGGCAACACCCUAACAGGCAUGGCUCUCAACUACAUUUUGCAAAACAACUUCAAGGAUGACGCUGGCGCUCGACCGAAUGCACGCAAGAUCGGUGUCCUCAUCACUGAUGGCAAAUCGCAAGAUGACGUCAUCAGCCCUUCAGAGACUCUGCGUAACAUUGGAGUGGAGCUCUAUGCUAUUGGUAUUAAGAAUGCAGAUGAAGCUGAACUGAAACAGAUUGCAACGGAUCCAGACAACAUCCACAUGUACAACGUGGCUGACUUUUCACUGCUCUCCGAAAUUGUUGAUGAUCUCAGCAUAAACCUCUGCAACAGUGUGAAAGGGCCAAGUGGCGUAGAUCCUCCAAGAAACCUGGUGACCUCUGAUGCCACUCAUCGUUCCUUCCGCGUGACAUGGGAUCACUCCGACUCGAGUGUGGAUAGGUACAGAGUGGAGUACCGCCCUGUGAGCGGAGGCAAAACCGAGGAGGUUCUAGUAAGUGGAAGAACCAGGACCGCAGUGUUGACGAACCUACAACCUGACACGGAGUAUGUGGUUAAUGUGUACGGACUGUUGGAAGGUGAAGUCAGUGACCCACUUGAAGGAACUGAGACCACAUUGCCCAUCCCUUCUGUAAGGAACCUUAAUGUCUAUGACAUUACUCCGACCACGAUGAAUGCCAGAUGGGAACCAGCAAGUGGAGCCUCGGGUUAUAUGUUACUUUAUGCGCCAAUUAAUGCCUCCACACCUACUGCAGAGAAAGAGUUGAAGGUUGGCGCAGAUGUCACUGAUGUAAAGCUGACUGAAUUAUUUCCAAAUACUGAAUACACGCUUACAAUUCAUGCCCUGUAUGGAGACAUCCCUAGUGACCCACUGAGUGUGCAAGAAGUUACCUUGCCUCUACAUAGACCCAGGAAUAUUCGGUUUUCUGAUGUCAGUCACAGCAGCAUGAGAACUCAUUGGGAUCGUGCACCAGGCAGAGUUCUUAAGUACAUAAUUCGAUAUGCUGAAGCGGGAGAUGAGGUCACAAAGGAGCUGGAGGUUCCCAGCAGCGAUACCUCUGUGCCACUGACAGGACUUGUGUCCCAAACGGAAUAUGAUGUUUCGGUAUCAGCAGUCUACGAUGAAGGGACUUCAGCUCCCCUGUCUGGAAGAGAAAGCACCCUGGUUGUCCCAGCACCAUCAAACCUUCGCUUCACGGAUGUCGGGGAGACACGGUUCCGGGUGCACUGGAGUCACGGAGCACCAGAUGUGGCCCUCUACAGACUGACCUGGGUCCCAUCGGGUAGAGCCGGCAAGGAAGAGAUGAUCUUAAACGGACAAGAUACCAGCCAGUUGUUGGAAGGCCUGAAUCCUGACACUGUCUACGAUGUAUCCAUCACAGCCAUUUAUCCCGAUGAAAUGGAAAGUGAAGAUCUUUUCGGUUCCCAGCGUACAUUGGCCAAAGUAGUUCCGACCACUGCAGCUACCCUGACCCCUCCUCGCAACCUUCAAGUGUACAAUGCCACAUCGCACAGCCUGACUGUAAAAUGGGAUCCUGCCAGUGGUCGAGUUCGAGGAUACAGGGUCAUUUAUGCACCUAUGACUGGGGACCCCGUUGAAGAAACGGUCACAGUAGGUGCAAGACAGAACAGCGUUGUGUUGCAGAAGUUGGAACCAGAUACCCCAUACUCAAUUAGAGUUGUGUCUGUCUCCAGGGCUGGAGAUGGGGGACAGAUUACUGGCAAUGGCCGAACAAAGCCGCUUGCUUCAGUUCGAAACCUUAGAGUGUACAACCCAACGACGAGCUCGCUGAGUGUGAUCUGGGAUCCCGCUGAAGGUGUCGUACGGCGCUACAAGAUCCAUUACGUUCCAUCUGCUGGACCUGGAAAUGAAGAAGUGGUUACAGUCCCAGGAAACACACACAAUACAGUCCUCAAGAGCCUGCUUCCUGAUACACCUUAUGAUAUUACAGUGGUCCCUGUGUUCAGGGAAGGUGAUGGUGCUCCAAGGACCAGCAGUGGGAGAACAUUAAUCCGUGGAGCACCUGGGAAUGUUCAAGUUUUCAACCCGUCACCAAACAGCCUGAACGUUCGUUGGACCAGUGCACCUGGUCCCGUGCAGCAGUACAGGGUGGUUUACGCCCCUCUUACUGGGACUCGUCCCUCACAAUAUAUGGUAGUGCCAGGAAACACCAACAAUGUGCUUCUGGAACGCCUGCAGCCCGACACGCCGUACUCUGUCAAUGUGGUGGCUUUGUAUGCGGAUGGGGAAGGUGGCCAGCUCUCCAGUGAUGGCAGGACAUUGACUCGCAGUGGGCCAAGAAACAUGAGGGUAUACGAUGCAACCACCAACACCCUGAGCGUGAGCUGGGACCAUGCAGAAGGGCCAGUGCAGCAGUACAGGAUUAUAUAUGCUCCAACAGUCGGAGACCCAAUUGAGGAGUUUACAUUUGUUCCUGGUAGAAGAAACAAUGUGAUCCUGCAUCCACUCAUGCCUGACACUCCCUACAGGAUUAGUGUUGUGGCCAUGUACGAUGAUGGAGAUGGAGGGCAGCUGACAGGAGACGGGAGGACAGUGGGCUUGCUGGAACCUCGCAAUCUUCGAGUUUCUGAUGAGUGGUACACACGAUUCCGCGUAACUUGGGACCCUGCUCCAUCACCAGUCCUCGGGUACAAACUUAUUUACCAGCCCACAGGCACCGACGAGAGAAUGGAGGUGUUUGUAGGAGAUGUGACAUCCUACACACCGCAAAACCUGAAGCCUGGCACACCAUAUGAUGUUGAGGUCUACGCCACCUAUGAAUCAGGAACCAGUGAAGCUUUGACAGGCCAAGGGACUACCUUGUACUUGAAUGUGACAGGAAUAAAUACGUACAAUGUAGAAUGGGACAGCUUCUGCAUCCAAUGGAAGCCUCACAGGGAAGCAACCUCCUACAGAAUAAAGCUGAGACCAGUUGAUGCUUAUGCCGGUGGACAUCAAGAAAUUACGAUCAGUGGUGCUGAUUCCAAUUACUGUUUCACCGGGCUCUCCCCUAAUUCUCUUUAUGAUGCCGUUGUCUACACUCAGCUUCCCAACCUGGAAGGUCCUGGGAUUAACGUGCAGGAGCGUACAUUGGUUCGUCCAACAACUCCUCCGACAGAGCCGCCUUCUCCACCCCCACCGCCAACCAUCCCACCUGCUCGCGAAGUGUGUUUGGGUGCAAAGGCUGACCUGGUGUUCUUGGUUGAUGGCUCAUGGAGUAUUGGGGAUGAAAACUUCCACAAGGUUCUGCAGUUCUGUUUCGACACUAUUGGGGCCCUUGACGAGAUCAGCCCAAAUGGGAUGCAGAUUUCACUUGUUCAGUUCAGUGAUGAUGCAAAAGCUGAGUUUAAGCUGGACACUUAUCAUGAUAAAGGAAGGGUUCUUUCUGCUCUUCAGAUGAUCCAGUACAAAGGAGGAAACACAAAAACAGGUCGAGCUCUCAAAUUUAUGAAUGAUCAUGUCUUGGUUCAUUCAAACGGUAUGAGGAAGAGUGUACCCAAGGUGCUCGUGGUGGUGACUGAUGGACGUUCACAGGAUGAGGUUAAGAAACCUGCACUUGUGCUCCAAGAAGCCGGUUACAGUGUGUUUGUCGUGGGGGUUGCUGACAUCGACAUCAUUGAGUUGAAAAACAUUGGCAGCAAACCCAGUGAAAGGCAUCUCUUCUUUGUGGAUGAUUUCGAUGCCUUUGAAAAGAUUCAGGAUCAGCUCAUCACUUUCCUUUGUGAAACAGCUACUUCAACUUGCCCGCUGAUUUAUCUCAAUGGAUUCACAACACCAGGUUACAGAAUGCUGGAGGUAUUCAAUAUGACAGUGAAGAACGCCGCAUCUCUUGCUGGAGUGUCAAUGGAACCUGGGUCUUUCAAUAGCUUUACAGCUUACAAUAUUCAUAAAGAUGCAAACCUCCAACAACCCACUGUAGACAUCCAUCCUAAUGGCAUGCCGUCAGCCUAUACCAUCAUGAUGCUUUUCCGCCUUCUCCCAACCACCACUUCUGAGCCUUUUACCAUCUGGCAGGUCACAGACCAAGAUAACAAGCCAGAAGUUGGAGUGCUUCUCGAUGGCAACAGUCAAACACUAUCAUAUUUUAACAAGGAUGAGAGAGGAGAGUCCCAGACCAUCACAUUUGACAAUGAAGAUGUGAAGAAACUAUUUUAUGGAAGCUUCCAUAAGGUUCAUAUCUUGGUAAAUCAGAACAGUGUUAAACUGAUCGUGGAUUGUCAAGAGAUUGAAGAGAAGCUGGCAAACCCACCUGGCAAUAUAACGACAAAUGGAUAUGAAAGCCUUGGAAAACUGGCUAAAUCUAGAGGACCAAAAGGCAAAUCUGCUGCUUUCGAGAUCCAGAGCUUUGAUAUUAUCUGCAGUCUGGGCUGGGCCAUCAGAGACAAAUGCUGCGACAUCCCAUCAGUGAGAGAUGAAGCAAAGUGCCCUGCCCUUCCUCACGCCUGCACAUGUUCUCAGGACAGCAUUGGGCCUCCAGGACCUCCCGGACCAGCUGGUCAAAUUGGUAGCAAAGGACCUCAAGGAGAAAGAGGCCUAAAUGGAUCACCUGGUCAAUCAGGUCCUCGUGGUGAGCCAGGUCCUCCAGGACCUCAAGGUCUGCCAGGUCCUCAGGGUCCCAAUGGACUAUCACUUCCAGGAGAACCCGGACGCCCUGGAAUGAAAGGUGAUGCAGGUGAACCAGGAUUGGUAGGACGACCAGGAACAAUUGGCCGUCCCGGCCUAGCAGGUACCCCAGGAUCAGAGGGCCCAAGGGGCUUCCCAGGUAAAGAUGGACCAAUUGGCCCACGUGGACCUCCAGGACCAAUUGGAACUCCAGGUAACCCCGGUCCUCCUGGCCUACCUGGGAGUCAAGGAAAACAAGGAGCCACAGGAACACAGGGACAAAUGGGACCAAAGGGUGAGAAGGGUGACCGGGGAGACUUUGCGUCUCAGAACAUGAUGAGAGCAAUUUCGAGACAAGUCUGUGAGCAGAUGAUGAACAACCAAAUGAGAAGAGUAAACUCAUUGAUAAACCAGAUUCCUAAUGGUUACCACAGUAACCGUGCUAUUCCUGGACCACCUGGUCCUCCUGGACCACCAGGUAACCCCGGACCAGUAGGAGAAACUGGACCCCAAGGUUCAGCAGGUUUCCCUGGAUCACCUGGAGUUCAAGGAAGAGUUGGUGAAAGAGGACCUCCAGGAGAAAAGGGUGAACGAGGUAGUCCUGGUAUUGGGAAGCAAGGACCACAAGGUUUACCUGGACCCCCUGGCCCACCAGGGGAAUCAAGGACUGGCCCAGCAGGUGCUCCAGGUCCAAGGGGACCACUUGGGCCACCUGGUCGUCAAGGACAUUAUGGGAUCCGAGGUCCGGCUGGCCCUCCUGGUUACUGCGAUUCCUCAAUGUGUGCAGGCAUCCCUUACAAUGGAUAUCCAAGUUCCGGAUAAAUUUUACUAGAUACCCAUGAUGCUUACAAAAAACCGAAAAGUCCUGUUUCUGAAAUAUUUGUUCCCGAUCUUAAUAAGAAAUGAGCCUUUUUGGAAAAUUCACCAGGAGUUGAUUUAACGAACUCUGUUGACCAUCAGUUCUUCAUAAGGAGAGAGAAAAACACACCUACUUAAACUAAGAGAGUUUGCAAUUUCUAUAUAUGAAACAGACGUCAGAGAUGCCUGCCCAUUUAAGACUGUUUCAUCGUGAAGCAAACAAAAAAGAAUCUCACACAUGAACAAGGCUUAAACUUACAACUAACCCUAUGGAGGUUGUAUUAUUUUGUAAACAACAACAAACAAAAAUCACAGAUUUUUAGCUUGGAAUGUUCAAAUUAUUUUGUCGUAUUGUUUCUGUAAAUAACUAAUUGUGGCAUUUAAAUGGUUCGAACUGAAUCACAACCCACACUAGUCGUAACAUCUAUUAAAUCAGCUUCUCUGUUCAGGCCUAUUUGCUAUCUGCUUUAGAAAGUAACCAUCCUUUGUACUUAAAGUACAUCACCCUAAAAAUAAUACAAAAAUACUGAGAGAAAUGCAAAGAAUCAUAGAAGCGUAGAGGGGUGUGAAAUUUGUCUUUGGUAGUCCAUGACGAGCAAUCAUAAAUUGCCUGUCUGUUCUAGUGGGAAAGAAAAUUGGAUGGAAUGUAAAAAUGGUCUACUGAUUCGCUAAUGUCAGUUUUUGUUACUGAUCCAGACAAAUUUCACAUCAAAAUCUUUCUCUAAGUGGGUGAUGGACCUGGGGGCACGAGGGGGGGUGGGCGUGCAGUGGGAGUGAGGUAAAAAUAACUUAUUUCAGACUUCAUGAACGUCACAGUAUAUAAAAAUGUUAUGGUUUAGCUAGAAAAAGGUUUGUAUACUCGUAGGUGCCACUCACAAGAUCAACAGGAAAAAAAAUCAUGUGGCUUUGCUGUUGUGGUAUUACCAACUGCACAGAUGGUGAUAGUCUAGUAAUUGUACCGCAAAUUCUAAGUCUGAAUUUGUUUGUUCCUGCUCUUCUGGUAGGGAGUCAUACCCACACAAACCAUGGGUCAGGGUGUCAGUCCUUCCUCUGAACUGAGAUCCAAUCAGCUAAGUUUUCUCCUGAUAAUAUAGGAUUUGUGAAUUUGGACCUCAAAUUUUAGCAAUGGAUCCACCACUGGUCUUACUUACUUUCCCUUCUUUUUCACAACUACCUUGCAUUUCUGCCUGCCCCUCCAUUUUUCCUGGAGUGUCGUUAUUUAAAAUUGCAAUCACCUUCAUGUUGUUAAAUUGCAUUUAAUGGGUCUUCUUUUACAGCCAUGGGCAGUUCAAAUCAGAGCAUUUGGUAUUAGCACUGAUUAUGCUAAGACAUACAUACGUACAAUUGUUAACAGAAUUUUCAAUAUCUUUGAUAAGUAUCCCUUUAGUAACAUUGCAUUGCAUGAUUUAAGCUGCCCGACCAUUACAAAUGUAGUAUUGGUUAUGCUUCAUGUUCAAUUACUGUUUUUGUUUCCAAAAAUUCCUUUAUUCUGCAAGAAAGAGGUGUUUUUAACAAAUCUUACUGAUGGUUUAAAAAGAAGCAAUUCUAUUAUUCCCCAGUGUUUUAAUAGAAAAUAGUAUAAUUGUGCAAAAGACUCAUUUUCAGGUGAAUGUAAAUCAAAAUAUGCAUAGAAAUAUAUACAUUUAUAUAUAUAUAUAAAAAAUGAAUGUGUUGUAAGAUUUUGUGUCCAACACGUUGUGUACGUGUCUACACAUGAGGACUAGUAGGCUGCCAAUUAUAGUGUUUGAUAUAUGAGACCCAUAUUUCCAACCAGGACCAUACGGACAACAACCCUACCGUCCAGAAACCCAUGUUGUUCCCAUAGCAAGGCGAGAGGAUGAAGAGGUCGACCAAAUUGAAACUGAAAUUCAGUCGCCUGGAUUUAGCCGAAUGCAAUCAUGAGGAUUGUCCAUCA